GUGUUGCAAUAGGAGGAGGUGGAGGGAAAGAGAGCCAGAGAGCGAGCUUCAGAGAGAAUGAGCGAGAGGGAGGACGAGGACAGGCAGGGAACCAGAAGCCGCAUUAAAGAAAUAGAAGAAAAGAGGAGCAGCGUGUUGGAACAGCAGCCCGUCAGAAUAAGAGCUUUUAACAUAUAGAGCAGGAGACUCAGUGCGCGUGGGGAGUGCGUCGCAGCCUGUGGCUCGUUCUGUGUGAUCCACGGUUCUCCUGAGGCCGUGGCAGCCAUGGCGUCAGAGCCAGGCACCCAGUCCAGGGUGAUGUUCCAGGCGCCGGACAAGGCAGAAGAGGCGGCGCAGCGUAAGCUGGGCAAGCUGACAGUCAAGUACAACCGCAAGGACCUACAGAGGAGGCUGGAUAUCGAGGAGUGGAUCGACGGGCAGCUGCACCUGCUGUUUGACUGUGAGGAAGAAGAGAUGCCAGAGUUAGAAAUAGACAUAGACGAACUCCUAGAACUGCCCGACGAAGGACAGCGAAGCCGACUUGAGGAGUUACUGCAGGAAUGCGGAAAGCCAAAAGAGGAUUUUAUCAACGGGCUGCUCUACAGGAUAAAAGGCCUACGCAAAAUGUCAGGCCCCCUGAAGAAAUAAUUAUAGGUCAAACUAAGAAUCAAGACAAGAACCGGAGCCUCUUCUUCCCCACAGGCUUAGCAGUUUGAAUGCCUGCAAACGCGAACGACACGACAGGGGGAUUUUUCCUGACUUCUUCCCCCCCUUUCCUGAGUCAGAAUGGAUUUUUGUUUCCCCCAAUUUACAGACUCUCCUAAAAUUUAACCCCCCAUUAAAAACAUUAAUAACAUGAAAGUGAUAAACAUGACAGUCAUUAUCCAGAUGGACAAUUUUUUUUUGUUUAGGAGUCAAGAGAGUGCAUUUCCCUUUUUUCUUAUUUAUGUACAUAAGCAUUUUGUUCAGGUAACAGUGUUGUUGGAAUAAAGUGGAACAUUUUAGAAACAAGG